UCAAUGAGAGAUGGUCCUCAACAGUCACGGUGGAUUCCUCCUCCUCAGCUCCUCUUUCUCAUUCUCAUCCCCUUCUCUUUGCCCUCUUCGCCCUUCUCUCUUCAAACACAGAACCCCUCAUAAUUAUUUCUCAAUUAUGGCAGCUAUGAGCGAUGAUCCAAUUCGAGAAUGGAUUCUUACCGAGGGAAAAGCUACUAAAAUUACAAGAAUCAGCCCAAUUGGAGGUGGAUGCAUCAAUUAUGCUAGCAGAUAUGAUACUGAUGCUGGUUCCUUCUUCGUCAAAUCCAACAGAAAUAUUGGACCAUCAAUGUUCGAGGGUGAGGCUUUGGGUUUAGGUGCAAUGUAUGAAACCAGUACAAUUCGUGUCCCAAGACCAUUUAAGGUUGGGCCUUUACCAACUGGUGGUUCAUUUAUCAUCAUGGAAUUUAUUGAAUUUGGAGGUUCCAGGGGAAGUCAGUCAGCUCUAGGAAGAAAGCUUGCUGAAAUGCAUAAAGCUGGGAAAUCUAGUAAGGGCUUCGGCUUUGAUGUUGACAAUACUAUUGGGAGUACUCCCCAGAUAAAUACUUGGACUUCAAAUUGGAUUGAAUUUUAUGCUGAGCAUAGAUUGGGAUACCAACUGACGUUAGCAUUGAAACAAUUUGGGGAUUCUGAGAUACAUGAGAAAGGUGAACGACUAAUUAAGAACACGCAGCAACUUUUUGAAGGUGCGGUGCUCGAGCCCUGCCUACUGCAUGGAGAUUUGUGGAGUGGGAAUAUCAGCUCUGAUAAAAAUGGCGAUCCUGUUAUAUUGGAUCCAGCAUGCUACUAUGGGCAUAAUGAAGCAGACUUUGGAAUGUCAUGGUGUGCAGGAUUUGGGGGAUCCUUCUAUACUUCCUACUUUGAGGUGAUGCCCAAACAACCAGGGUUUGAGAAAAGAAGAGACCUAUACAUGCUUUAUCAUUACUUAAACCACUAUAAUCUAUUUGGUUAUGGAUACCGAUCAUCGGCAAUGUCAAUUAUCGAUAACUACUUAAGGAUGUUGAAAGCAUAAGCUGAUCUAGUUUGUUGCCACUUCAUGCAUCUGUUUGUGUUCAAAACCAAAGUGCAUUAUGUCUGACUGUAAAUUCUUGUGACCAUCAUUCUUCCGCCUGUGGAUAAGCUUUACCUAAAUCUUGUACUUAAUUUUAUAUAUGACUUUUUUUUAAUUUUUA